AUCACGAAGGAUGCCCUGUCAGUUUUCGGGAAGACUGGAGAGAGUGAAAAAGUAGUGGUGCACAAGUGAGCUGCUUAACAUGAGAAGUGCUGCCAGGGAUCGGUGUGUCUUAAAGUGUUCUCCAUCCUGUCUCCUGCUCCACUGAUGGAUACUGAUGGACAGGUCCUCUUGGCACAGCGCUCAGGCUGCCAGCUCCGCUGUCACGCUGCAGUCAUGAAGACCCCCCUUUGGACGCUGCUGCUGCUGUGCGUGUGCGACCCGGGACGCUGCGACUGCCAGAGGGACUGCCUCUCCUGCGGCCUUCUCCUCCCAGAAAAGCACGCCUUCAGCGUACUGGUGUGCCUGGUGGAGUGCGAGAGCGAGGAGUCGCCGGCCCUCACGUGGGAACCGUGCCGCCAGUCCGUGCAGCGAUCGCAGUCGCAAUCCCUGCCGGAAGGGGGCGCCCUGCUAAAAAGAGCCGAGGAGGAACUGGCGGCCCCGAUGCCCGCAGAGCAGGGAGACGGCGAGCUGCUGCAGCCCGGGGCCCUGCAGCGCUUUGACCACGUGGCGCGGGCCUUGAGGACGGACCAGCUGAGCAGCGCGUACCGAGCCCGGCGGCGCGGGUCCGAGGAAGAGGAGGGGGCCGAGACCGAGGGGGGGGCCUCGGACGGCGACCUCGAAGGGGCCGUCGACCUCGCCAAGAGAUUCGGGGGCUUCCUGAAGGGCAGGUACGGAUACAGGAAGCUGAUGGACCCCGGCAGAUCCGUGCAGAAGCGCUACGGCGGGUUCAUAGGGGUCCGAAAGUCGGCCCGCAAGUGGAACAACCAGAAGCGCUUCAGCGAGUUCCUCAAGCAGUACCUGGGCAUGAGCACGCGCGCCAGCGAGUUCAACAGCGUCUCCGCGGACAUCAGCCAGCAGAACGAGAUGUAGCGCCAGCCACGACACCCCGCCGCCGCCAGGAGACAGAGCCAAGCAACGAGAAGCGAGAAGUAAAACAAAACAGCGUAGUCAAUGAGUGACGGGAGGAACAGUUGAUGGGUUUCCAUAUAGACAUCAGGACCGACUUGUUUUGCAUUUCCGUGUCUGUUAUGAAUGCAUCAAAAACUACAGAAGAGAACGCAUAAUAAAAUGUGCAAAUAAAACUAGGUAUUUUUCUUAACGCAUCUCAUGUGCUGUCUGUUUGGUCAGGUGUGCGUAGAGGCGGCGACGACGCAGAACAGGUCCAUCGCUGAUAAAAUCAGAAAGACAUAAAAUUGCUUUUCAGGUGGAACAUCUGAAGGUUAUCUGCUUAUUGAUAGUGUGAUGAGUAGCAAAGCUAGUGAGAUGUGUUCCAUCCAUUGUUCUCCCUGGAAAUCGCUCACCUUAAGGGUGUCACGUAGUCGCACUACUGCCACCUGGUGGUCAUGGACAGAAACGCUUUCUGGCUAAAUUCCAUUUCGGUGUACAAAGGCACAUUUCAACAUGUGUAACAGGGUAAAGUGGUACAUGUUAACAGUUAUACAGCUUCGCUGCAGAUUCGAAUCCUACAACAAAAGUCUGGCAAGUUUAUCCAUGUAACAAAACAAGAAAACACCCAUUUUAGCAAAUUAAAUAACUUUGUGAGCCAUUCUUUUUGGCAGGAUUUCUCAUAGUCAUUUCAAGAGUGUGUGUUUGCUUGAAGUAUUUAUUUUAGUCCUGUUCUGUGAAAUUAAAUCAAUUUGAUUGCUCUUGUGUUAAAAAAAAAAAAAAAAAAAAA